CGAGCCGCCGGCGCGUUCCGGAGCGAGUACAGCCUGGACAAGCUCUACCCGGCGCAGGGCGGCGGCGACGCGACGGAGCAAGACGGGGAUCGGACCCAACAAACCAUCCCUGAUAUUCCAUUGGACAGGUUGUCCAUUUCCUAUUGCCGGAGCAGCGGCCCUGGAGGCCAGAACGUUAACAAAGUAAAUAGCAAAGCGGAAGUUAGAUUCCACUUGGCAUCUGCUGACUGGAUUCCAGAAGAUGUGCGGCAGAAGAUAGCUGUGAUGCACAAGAAUAAGAUCAGUAAAUCAGGUGAUCUCAUCAUAAACUCCGAAGUGAGCCGCUACCAAAUGAAGAAUCGGGCUGAUUGUUUGCAAAAGAUUAGAGACAUGAUUCUAGAGGCCACAGAGAAGCCUCAAGUGAAACGCAAGGAGACUUCUGAGAUGCUCAUAGCCAGGGUGGAGAAAAUGAAUCGCGAACGACUACGACAGAAAAGGCUUCGCUCAGCCAUAAAACAAGAUAGGAGUGUAGACUUCGACUGAAAGCAACUUGGAAAGAAUUCCCUUGAUAUCCUCUCUUUAAAGUGGUUCCCCUGGAAGCUGAAAAGGAUGGUAGACAGCAUUGUGAACUACAUUUAAAAUGUUGGGGGGGGUUGUUUCUCAAAAAAAUGUAAAUAAAGUAUUUAAACAUCU